GGCGCCGAGGCGCUGGUUUGGCGCGCGCGCUCUAAACAGUGGGUCAAACUCGGGUCUUGGGUUUUCUCUCUUUCUAGGUUUUUGACUUUUUCCGGACGGCGGUGUCUCGGAUUUUCGAGAUGCCGUCUUCUUUGCUGAGCUCAGCAAUGCCGGCUUCUGCGUCGGCCGCGGCCCUGCAGGAAGCUCUGGAAAAUGCGGGGCGGCUCAUCGACCGUCAGUUGCAAGAGGACCGCAUGUACCCAGACCUUUCCGAGCUCCUCAUGGUGUCUGCCCCAAACCAUCCCACUGUUUCUGGUAUGUCAGAUAUGGAUUAUCCUCUGCAAGGACCUGGUUUGCUGUCAGUACCCAACCUUCCAGAAAUAAGUUCCAUCAGAAGAGUUCCUCUCCCACCUGAACUUGUUGAACAGUUUGGACAUAUGCAGUGUAACUGCAUGAUGGGUGUGUUCCCUCCUAUCAGCAGAGCUUGGCUCACAAUUGACAGUGACAUAUUCAUGUGGAACUAUGAAGAUGGAGGAGACCUUGCCUAUUUUGAUGGACUUAGUGAAACUAUUCUUGCUGUUGGGCUUGUGAAACCAAAAGCUGGCGUUUUUCAACCUCAUAUACGACACCUUCUGGUUUUGGCAACCCCUGUGGACAUAGUCAUCCUUGGACUCAGCUAUGCUAAUUUGCAAACAGGUUCUGGAGUUCUUAAUGACAGUAUGUGUGGUGGAAUGCAGUUACUUCCAGAUCCUUUAUAUUCUCUUCCCACUGAUAAUACUUACCUUUUAACAAUAACUUCUACUGAUAAUGGCAGAAUUUUCUUGGCUGGAAAGGAUGGCUACUUAUAUGAAGUAGCAUACCAAGCAGAAGCAGGUUGGUUUAGCCAAAGAUGUAGGAAAAUAAACCACUCAAAGAGCUCAUUUUCCUUCCUUCUUCCUUCAUUACUACAAUUCACAUUCUCAGAGGAUGAUCCUAUUGUUCAAAUUGCAAUUGAUAACUCUAGAAAUAUUUUAUAUACACGAUCUGAGAAAGGAGUAAUACAGGUUUAUGAUUUGGGCCAUGAUGGACAAGGAAUGAGCAGAGUUGCUUCAGUUUCACAGAAUUCUAUUGUUUCUGCUGCUGGAAACAUUGCUAGAACCAUAGAUCGUUCUGUUUUUAGACCAAUUGUUCAAAUAGCUGUGAUUGAAAAUUCUGAAUCACUGGACUGUCAGUUACUGGCUGUCACACAUGCAGGUAUAAGAUUAUAUUUCAGCACUUGUCCAUUCAGACAGCCAUUUGCACGACCUAAUACAUUGACACUGGUUCACAUCCGCUUACCUCCUGGAUUCUCAGCAUCUUCAACAGUGGAAAAGCCUUCAAAAGUACAUAAAGCUCUUUAUAGUAAAGGUAUUCUAUUGAUGACAGCUUCUGAAAAUGAAGAUAAUGAUAUUUUGUGGUGUGUCAACCAUGAUACUUUUCCUUUCCAAAAGCCAAUGAUGGAAACCCAGAUGACGACCCGUGUUGAUGGUCAUUCCUGGGCUCUUUCUGCCAUAGAUGAAUUGAAAGUAGAUAAAAUAAUUACACCCUUAAAUAAGGAUCAUAUUCCAAUAACUGACUCACCAGUUGUUGUACAGCAGCACAUGUUGCCACCAAAGAAAUUUGUUCUCCUCUCAGCACAGGGGAGUCUUAUGUUUCAUAAACUUAGACCUGUAGAUCAACUGAGGCAUCUAUUUGUGAGUAAUGUGGGUGGAGAUGCAGAAGAGAUUGAAAGAUUCUUUAAAUUACAUCAGGAAGACCAGGCAUGUGCAACUUGUCUUAUCCUUGCUUGUUCCACUGCUGCCUGUGACAGAGAAGUAUCGGCUUGGGCAACUCGGGCUUUCUUCAGGUACGGUGGUGAAGCACAGAUGAGAUUUCCAAGCACUCUCCCUGCUUCAAGUAAUGUUGGUCCCAUCUUGGGGUCUCCUGUCUAUGCUAGCUCUCCUAUUCCUAGUGGCAGUACAUAUCCAAAUCCAUCCUUUUUGGGAACACCCUCUCAAGGUGUACAUCCUUCUGCCAUGUCAACUCCACUGGUUACAGGAAGCCCAGCAGCUCAAGUCACAAGUAUGAGUUGUAUGCCUGGACCAGAGAUUGUAUAUUCUGGAAAACACAAUGGUAUUUGCAUUUACUUUUCUCGAAUCGUGGGAAAUAUUUGGGAUGCUAGUUUAGUUGUGGAGAGAGUAUUCAAGAGUGGCAACAGAGAGAUCACUGCAAUUGAAAGUAGUGUACCCUCGCAACUGCUGGAGUCAGUACUACAAGAAUUAAAAGGUUUGCAAGAAUUUCUAGACAGAAACUCCCAAUUUGCAGGAGGACCAUUAGGAAAUCCAAAUACUACUGCCAAAGUGCCGCAGAGGCUGGUAGGACUUACACGUCCUGAAAAUGGAAAUGCACAACAAAUGCAACAGGAGCUGCAGAGGAAGUUUCAUGGUAAAUUACCGCUUUUGAUCAUGAAAGAGUUGAUUAGUCGUAGUGUGGGUUCUUUUCCAACUCUAUAUGAUUCUACAAAAGAAUUUCAAGAGCAGUUGAAAAUCACCACCUUUAAAGAUCUCGUAAUCAGGGACAAGGAACUGCCUGGGGCAUUAAUUGCUUCUCUUAUCAACUGCUACAUCAGAGAUAAUGCUGCUGUUGAUGGCAUCAGUUUACACUUACAGGAUAUCUGCCCACUUCUGUAUAGCACCGAUGAUGCAGUUUGUUCUAAGGCAAAUGAACUUCUCCAGCGUUCCCGACAAGUUCAAAAUAAAAUUGAAAAGGAAAAGAUGUUAAGGGAAUCGUUAAAGGAAUAUCAAAAAAUCAGCAAUCAAGUGGACCUUUCUAACGUUUGUGCUCAGUAUAGACAAGUGCGUUUUUAUGAAGGUGUAGUGGAGCUCUCUCUUACUGCUGCAGAGAAAAAAGAUCCUCAGGGUCUUGGGCUUCAUUUCUAUAAACAUGGGGAACCAGAAGAAGACAUUGUGGGACUUCAGGCUUUCCAAGAAAGAUUAAACAGUUACAAGUGUAUUACAGAUACACUUCAAGAACUGGUAAAUCAAAGUAAGGCUGCUCCUCAGUCUCCCAGUGUACCCAAGAAACCUGGGCCUCCCGUGUUGUCAUCUGACCCCAAUAUGCUAAGUAAUGAAGAAGCAGGACAUCAUUUUGAACAAAUGCUUAAAUUGUCUCAACGAUCUAAAGAUGAGCUCUUUAGUAUUGCUCUUUAUAAUUGGCUAAUACAAGCUGAUCUUGCAGAUAAGUUGCUUCAGAUUGCUUCUCCAUUUCUGGAGCCACAUCUAGUCCGAAUGGUCAAAAUUGAUCAAAACAAAGUCCGCUAUAUGGAUUUACUCUGGAGGUAUUAUGAGAAGAACAGAAGCUUUAGUAAUGCUGCUCGUAUCCUGUCCAAAUUGUCUGACAUGCAUAGCACAGAAAUUUCACUUCAACAGCGACUAGAGUACAUUGCUCGAGCCAUUCUUAGUGCUAAAAGCUCCACUGCUAUUUCAUCAAUAGCUGCAGAUGGUGAAUUCCUUCAUGAAUUAGAAGAAAAAAUGGAAGUUGCUAGGAUCCAACUCCAGAUACAAGAGACACUACAAAGGCAAUAUUCCCAUCAUUCUUCUGUACAGGAUGCCAUUUCUCAGCUGGAUUCUGAAUUAAUGGACAUAACUAAGCUUUAUGGGGAAUUUGCUGACCCAUUUAAACUUGCAGAGUGUAAACUUGCAAUAAUUCAUUGUGCUGGUUAUUCAGACCCUAUAUUGGUGCAGACACUUUGGCAAGAUGUCAUAGAAAAAGAAUUGAAUGAAAGUGUGUCACUGAGCUCCCCAGAUAGAAUGAAUGCUCUUAGUCUCAAGAUUGUACUCCUUGGCAAAAUUUAUGCUGGCAUGCCUCGCUUCUUUCCUUUAGAUUUUAUUGUGCAGUUCUUAGAACAGCAAGUUUGUACUUUGAACUGGGAUGUGGGGUUUGUAAUACAGACAAUGAAUGAAAUUGGAGUGCCGUUACCUAGACUACUAGAAGUAUAUGAUCAUUUGUUCAAGUCACGGGAUCCAUUCUGGAACAGAAUGAAGAAGCCACUCCACCUUUUGGAUUGUAUACAUGUACUAUUAACAAGAUAUGUUGAGAAUCCUAACCAAGUUUUAAAUUGUGAGAGGAGAAGAUUUACAAAUCUCUGCCUGGAUGCUGUUUGUACUUACCUGGUUGAACUCCAGUCUAUGAGCUCUUCACUAGCAGUACAAGCCAUCACAGGAAAUUUUAAAUCUCUUCAGGCUAAACUAGAACGGCUUCAUUAAUUAUUGUAAUGUAUUUUUCAUCUGUGCAUUUUGACCUGUAAAAUAAAAACUCAGCUGGGUCCAGAUACAGGUGCUCUAAAUCUAAAAAUUUAAGGAAGUUUUAAUAGAAUUAUGUUUUUAAUAAGUGGCUAAUAUCUACAAACAGUACAUUUGCCAAGUGAAUCUUUUUUACUACUACUAUUUUGGUUUUUUUAGUAAUUAGUUUAAAAAAUAACAAAUAAUAUUAUUUAUGAUGCAGGAUAAAAGAUAUUUAGAAACUUAUUUUGAAUUUUACCGCAGCAGAAAUUUUGAAUUUAUAUUAUUCAUUUUCAAUUUAGUCCAAACAUAUUGAUAACAAAACUUAAAUCGUCUAGCCAAGCAGAUCCAUUGCCAUAAUACCAGAUUCAACAGUAAUCUUUAAGUAGGCAAAUAAACACUGUGUCUUUUUUAAAAAUGUCUAGGUUUUCAAUUCAUUCUUGAAAAGAAAGUUCUUCUGAUUACUAAUUUUGUCAGUUACUAUCCUUGAAGAUUAAUAUGUACCUGGUUGUUUUUAGAGCAGGUGAUAAACUUAUAAGUAAUGUUUUACUUCCUAAAAACCUGUACAGGGAGAUACUGUUUUCUCUUAGCAUCUACCUAGCUCUUUGGCCUUGUGACUGCAGAUUCCAUUAGAGCAGUGGUCCCCAAAGCGUGCGCACCAGCCCAGCGUAUCAGCAUUACGUGGGGAUUUGCUCCCCAUCUGAUUUCUCCCCUCCCUCCCUCAUCAGUAACCACAACACAAAGUUGUACUCAAGGUGCACACUAUACAAAGCAAAAUCAUUGGUAAUUUAGUUUUUAGUGUUCAAAAAAACUGUAAUAACUAAACCAAGUGCCCCAAAGUCAUGGCAACAGUGAGGGAAGAGAAGAGUGUGAAUGACCAGGGCUAACAAAAAAGCAAGAACAUGGACUGCUUUCUUCUCACCUUUUAAGCUUAUCAAGAAAAAUUGCUGCUUGCCUAUAGUCACUCUUGCAUGUCUGACAAUUUUUCAAAUACAUUUUGAAAAUAUUUUUCCUACUUUAAUGUUUUCGCAAGACCAUGGUUGCCCUUUACAUGUUUAUAUAUAAUCUUUUGAAUUAAAGUAUUUAAUAGAAUGUCAAAAUAACAUUCAUUAGAUAUCACUACCUCAUAUUUUCCAGCUUUUCAAUUCCUUAAGUUUAGUUUUUUUGAAUAUAUAAAAUGAAUGUACACCAUGUAUUGUUAAUUCUGUAAAUUUAAAAUUCUGUCAUGUCUGCUUAAAAUGAAAGUUUUCCUUAAAUACUGUAAUUUAACCAUGACUUCAGUUCUUCUAGAUUUAUGCACAUAUAUAUAUGUUUUAAGCAGUUACAUAGAAGCACAUUAAUAUGUAUGUUAAAGAUACUCAGCUCAGAAUACUGAAGCUACAUCUUUCAAAAGGGCUGUAGGCUGUGUGGCUAAAUGUUCCUUAGGAGUCAGAAACCUGAACUCUGUCCAUUUUAUUCACAUAGCACCUUUUGAGAGGGUUAAGAAUUUCAGCCACACAGCAUAUGUUUUCAGUGUCUUGGAGAGUAAGAGCUAAGAUAAAUUAGGUCCCCUCCUUCAUAACAGUGUUUCUAAAACUUAAACAUUCCUAAGAAUCACCAGGAUAGCCUGUUGAAACAGAUGUUCCACCUCCAAAGUGAUAUGGAUACUGGUGGUCAGUAAGUCAAACUUGGAGUAACAUUGUUCUCUAGCACAUUUAUCUACUGCAUUAGUAUACUUCGUACUAGGUGUUCACUCAACACAUUUCUUUAUAGUGACUUAUAUAGGCAACAAAUAAUAAACAGAACAUUGUUUAUGAAAUAGUGCAUUCAUUAUAGACGGGUCACUGAAGGUCUUGAUUGUAACAUAUUUCUGCAUUAGGUAGAUCAUUUAAGUAAGGCAAAAUGGUUAGGAAAGAAGAGAAAAAUCUGUUUUGAGUAUGCAAGGUAUGGGAUAUUGACCCUGAAAAGCAUGUGAUACAUGUUCAGCAUUUCUCUAGUAGUAAGAUACCUGAAUUACUAGCGACUUAUUCAUUGAACACCUCUCUACUAGCCACAUAAACUUCCUCUACUUUGUUUUAUAGUUAAUCACAUCUCAUGACUCACAGAUCACUCAUUCCUUCUCAGUAUACUUCCCACUUCCACCUUUAUCAUAGUCAUAUCAAGGAAAUGGAGAACUAGAACAUUGAAUAUAAAGGUUUUAAAGGAGCACAGUUUCCUUUCAUAUGUAUUUUCCUUGUAAGGAGAUUGGACCUAAUGACUUUAAAUCCAAAAAUUUGUAAGAACUAAUAUAAUCAAUUUCUUAUUCAGUUUGUCCUGUUCAAAUAUUAAAGUAGUUACAGUGCUAUUUUUACUUCCUUAUUUCAAAUAAAUAUAAUUUCUACUGCAUUAUAGCA